AUGUCACAAAAUGCGAAUUAUAAGAAAUAUUAUCAAACCGCCUUAAAAAAAUUCACCAAACUUUCCAAUUCUACAUCAACUUCACAUAAAUCUGAUCAUAAAACCAAUAAGAAAAAAAUUGCUCCCGUAAUCGAAGAACUUAUUUCAAAUUAUUCAUUUUCAUCACCUUCCUUGUCGUCUUCAUCUUUCUUGACUCCGCCGUCUCAAACUUUUCAAAAAAAGAAAUUCGAUUCGAUUCAAUCGAAUUCUUCGAAUAACGAAAUCGAUUGGCCUGAUGAAAACGAUGGAUGGGUGUACAUUAAGAAUUUGGAUGAUGAUGAAUUUGAUCACGAAACAUUAAAUGAGAUUCCUCAGAGAACCUGUAUAUUUUCCCAAGCUAUCGCGAAAAUUCCGAUAGUUGCGUUCAAACCAUCUAAUGUCACUUCAACCUCUGUAUCAAGCAGAUUAUAUAUUAUGGUUGACUUAUAA